GGAUGAAGGGCAUUUUUCCAGAAGGUCGCAUCUUUGUUCUUGUUGGGGAUUUCUCAAAUCUGGUUUUCCUGCAUCAAUCCGCUCUGGUGCAGCUGCAAUCCACUGGUAUCUCUCUAUUAGGGAUUCCUUCGUUGCUUUCAGUCGCUCGUGACCUCUCUCAGCUUCGUUCUCAAGUGUCAGUGAUUCAGAACUCCAUUUAUCCCAGAUCUAGGCAUCGGUAACCAACCCCAUUCUAGUAGACAAGUUGAUAUGAAAUCCAGAGCUGUGGGUUGUUUCAAGCUCUGCUAUUUACUUCCUUCUAGGCAAGCAUUUGCUUCCAUUUUGGUAAACCAAAAAUUAAAGGUUGCCUCUUGUUCAACUGUAAGUGCCAAGCAAGUUGAAGAGGAGGUGGGAGAAGGGCCGUUGGCACAUGCCAAUGACUCUACCGAAGUUUUCCGGAGAUGGGGUUGUGCUGAUGAUGAUAUUGCACAAAUCUUUGCACGUGGACCUUCUCUGCGCAGGAGUGACUUAAACCAACUACAAGAUAAACUCCAACUGCUACAAGGUCUAGGCAUCACAUCUCCCGACCUUGUGAAGAUCAUUAAUUGCUAUCCUCGGUUCCUCAAAUGUCGGAUCAACAACAACUUCCAUGAGCGGAUCGAGUUCUUCUUGAAAAUGUUUGAAUCAAAGGAAGUUCUUAUCAAAGCCAUUGUAAGAAACCCUUUACUUUUGACUUCUGAUUUCCAUAAUAAAAUCAAGCCUGCAAUUUCCCAGUAUGAAGAAUUGGGUCUCAGUAGAAAGGAUUUGAUUCUCAUGCUUUUAUCUCGCCCCACACUGAUCCCAAGAUCUUCAUUUAAUGAUGAGAAGAUGGGAUACAUACAAAAAACAGGGCUCACACAUGGUGACAAGAUGUACAAAUACAUUGUUACAAUCAUUGGUAUCUCACGACUUGAAACCAUCCGUCAAAAAGUAGCCAAUUUGGAAAAGUUUGGCUUCACAGAAGAUGAGACAUUCACUCUUCUUGGACGAUCUCCCCUUAUCUUAACUCUAUCAGUCGAUAAAGUGCAAAGGAACAUGACUUUCAUUUUGUGCACGUUGAGGCUGCCUGCUAAGAUUAUUCUUAACUACCCAUUUCUAGUAUACUUAAACCUUGAAGAAGUCUUGAAGCCACGGGUACUUCUCUCAGAGAAGAUGGAGGAAAUGGGUCUCCAUAUUCAGAUCAAAGGCGGUUUGAUGCUCAGGGCUCUUAGGAUGACAGAGAAGAGGUUCUUGAAGAGAUUUGUUAACAGUCAACCAAAAGAUGUUGCUGAUGAGUUGAUGCAAUUUUAUCAAAGUGCAAAAGGCAUUAAGCGUUUGGCAGAAACCUCAAGGAAGAGCCAUCGCAGGGGCUUUCCUUUCUGAACCUUAGAUAUAUCUGGUGUGGAGGCUAGACCAAUUCUAUGUCGCAAUAUGUUCUGAAUUGUAAUUGGUUCAAUCAUUCACAAACUGAUGAUUUUGGUCAUGUACAGCUCUUGGAUUCUUGCGUUGUUGUAUCAUUUGUCAGUAUGAAUAAACUUCAAAACCCAUUUGCGCAAUGCCUGUAGAUUUACCUGUUCUUAUGUAAUAGGUUAUCCAGCGCCUGCUCACUGUUCUAAUGUGUUGUUUGGAGGAUGAGCCAAGAACAUGUAACGCGUUGUCUUCUUCUUGGCACUAAUGAACACUAUUCUCGUAAGCUCAGGAAGGGUACAGAGAUUAAUCUGUGGGAUUUUGAAUGUUGUAGGAAGAGUAGGAAAGCUUGUUUAGGAUUUUAUUUGUAUCUUUUUUAAAAUUUUGUACAGCAAUGGAACAAUGAACAACUGUUUGGUUC